AUGCAGGGUGAACUCCAAGGCUUCUUGAAACGCCGCCUCACCGCGGCUGGUGAUGCAGAUUUUGACUUUCCCUGGCCUGACCCGCACCCACUCUUUCAGCGCGUUCAACAUCUGCCCGUGUUCUCCUUCAUCGAAUCGGUUUAUUCCGUCGAGCAGAAGAGAGAUCGUGCGGUCUGCGAGUACGAUCUCAAUCUGUGGCUGGAAUGUGAGCUGUUCGGCAAGCCGCGGGCUCAUCCGCUGCUGCUCAGCAAUGAGAAUGCUACUCGCUGGACCUCAGACCAUAAUCCUCGCAGACCGAUCCGUCUGAUGUUUCCUUUCCUGUUCCCAGUCCUUACCGCGUGCAUUGGGAUCCCCUGGCGCGGAAGCGAUCUUCUUCCUCUUCUACCAGCCGGAGAAGACUACGCGAGCUGGCUGACCCGAAUCGUGCCUUUCAGCGCGCUCACCCUUAACGCCAUCGGGUCGGCCCAAAGGCAGCUCCACCGCGCGGCCGCUGGGUUCAUCGAGCUCUUAGAGCUUUACUAG